GCCGCGGGUCGCUCGGGCGGUGCGGACGCGGGCGCGUGGCGGAACUUUGAACCGGAGCGGGCGCUGCGGGCCGGGCCGGCGUCCUCCGUGCAAUGGCGGCCGAGGCGCGCGUGUCGCGCUGGUACUUCGGGGGCCUGGCCUCCUGCGGGGCCGCUUGCUGCACGCACCCGCUGGACCUGCUCAAGGUGCAUCUGCAGACACAGCAGGAGGUGAGGCUGCGCAUGACGGGCAUGGUGCUGCGCGUGGUGCGCUCCGACGGCCUCCUGGCGCUCUACAACGGCCUGAGCGCCUCGCUGUGCAGACAGAUGACCUACUCCCUGACUCGGUUCGCCAUCUACGAGACUGUGCGGGACCAAGUGGCCAAGGGCAGCCAGGGGCCUCUGCCGUUCCACACGAAGGUGUUGCUGGGCUCCGUCAGCGGUUUAACUGGAGGCUUCGUGGGCACUCCUGCGGACCUGGUCAACGUGCGGAUGCAGAAUGACAUGAAGCUGCCCCUGGACCAGCGGCGCAACUACGCCCAUGCCCUGGAUGGCCUGUACCGCGUGGCUCGAGAAGAGGGUCUGAAGAGGCUGUUUUCGGGUGCAACCAUGGCAUCCAGCCGAGGAGCCUUGGUCACCGUGGGCCAGCUGUCCUGCUAUGACCAGGCCAAGCAGCUGGUCCUCAGCACCGGGUACCUGUCCGACAACAUCUUCACUCACUUCGUUGCCAGCUUCAUUGCGGGGGGGUGCGCCACGUUCCUGUGUCAGCCCCUGGACGUGCUGAAGACCCGCCUGAUGAACGCCAAGGGGGAGUAUCAGGGCGUGUUCCACUGCGCGGUGGAGACGGCAAAGCUCGGGCCGCUGGCCUUCUAUAAGGGCCUGUUUCCCGCCGGAAUCCGCCUCGUCCCUCACACCGUGCUCACCUUCGUGUUUCUGGAGCAGCUGCGCAAGCACUUCGGCAUCAAAGUGCCGUCCUGACCCGGCCGUGGGGCACCAGCAGGGUCGCAGCAACAGGUUCUCCCAAAGAGUCCGGGUGGGGGCGCCGGGGCCCAGCCCCUGCUCCUGGAGCCUCAGCCCCUCCUGGCCCUGCCCACCGGCCGGGCUCAUUCCAGUGGCCUUGUCCCCUCCCGGGCCCUCCCUGCCCCCACGAUGGCUGGCCCCCUCCGGGGUGCCGUGGCCAGUGGGGUGUCGGCGCUGCUCUCAUGAGGCCGGAGCUCGAGCCCACAGCGCCGUCUCCUGGCAGUGUCUGUCGGGUACUCGGGUGGCAGAGUAGGGCUGUGCACCCCCCGCUGCCGCUGUCGGGUGGGACUGUGCCUUUGUGCCCUCGAGGGCAGCGAGGAGCCAGCGCCAGGAGGCAGGGGCUCCAGGGCGGGCGAGGCCAUGCUGGUGACUGCCCGGGUCCCGAGGUCUCUGCCCAGCCCCCACCAUCACCCCCCCCCAGUUGCUUUAAUGGUUUCACCAAAACCUCUCAGUGCCGACAGGCUGCUGCUGUCUUCAGGAAACGUGCCUGGGUCCCUCGGGCCCCCGUGUCCUUCGCUCCUGGCUCCCUGGGGACAGAACCCACACGGGGCUGAGGGGCCAAGGGGGCCAGCCGGUAUGUCCUGUGUGGGCAGUGGCUGCCCCCCAGCCUGUCCCCUACAAACAGGGCUGGCUGCCUCCCCAGGUCCCCUGGAAGGGCCACGGGCACCAGAGUGCAGCCUCCAUGCUCUGUAGCGGAUGCUAAUAAAGACGGAGCCGCCCGCUGUCUUCCA